AUGUCACUUUCGUUCCCAAUGCCGUUCCCAUCGUCGAGGCGGUACCGUUGCCCUUGCCUCCGCCGCCUAUUCGUCGCCCUCCCUUCCCCUUACCUUCGCGCUCGCUUCCCCUGCCCGUCGCACUCCCGUCUCCUUCCCAUCGCGCACCCUGCCCCGUUCCCUCGCUUCCCCUGCCCGUCGCGCUCCCUUUUCCUGCUCGUCGCGCUCCCUUCUCCUGUUCGUCGCGCUCCCUUCUCCUGCUCGUCGCGCUCCCUUCUCCUGUUCGACGCGCUCCCUUCUCCUGCCCGUCGCGCUCCAUUCCGUCACUUAUCAUUUCUGUCACUCAUUCCCUCCCGUCCUUCCCGUCCCUCCCGUCGCCCAACACCUUCCGUCCACACAGGGCAACCGCCUUGCAUCGGGCCUGUCACUCACACACUUACAUGUGACACUCACUCCCGUUCUGCAAACUCACUCCCCUCCUCUCCUCUCCCUUUCCCCGUGUCCUUCCCUCCGUUUCCCCCCCUGUCCCUUCCCUGCCGUUCCCCGUGUCCUUCCCUCCGUUUCCCACCUUGUCCCUCCCUCCACCUCCCCCCUGUCUUUCCCUCCGUUUCCCCCCUUGUUCCUCUCUCUCUUUCCCUGUGUCCUUCCCUCCUGCCCCCACCUUCCCCUCCCUUCCUUUCCUCCAUUCCUAACUGCUCCUGCUCCCUCUCCUUCUCAUCACUCGUUUUUCCCCGUCCCUCUGAUCUCCGCCCUUAUUCCCACACCCCAACCCUCCCCGUCACCCACACAUGUCGCAGGCACAUAUCACUUACACCUUCCCUCCUCCCACCUUCCCUCCUCCCACCUCCCCUCCUCCCGCCAUCUCUUUCCAUCCCACUCCUCUUCACUCUGCCCUUUCCUUCUCGCUGUCCGUAUCCGCUCGCCUAUUCUGACUCAGGUCUUCUCAAGUUGCACCCGACUUACGCCUCACAAAAUGGAUGUGCAGCACCGACACUCGCCUUCCGCAUUUGUGAACCGGAAGAGCGAUAA